GAAUGGCUUAUCAACCUCCUCCUACUAUUGUUCCUUUGACUGGAAUGAGCACCACUUUAUCACCAGAUAUUGAAACAUAUGGAGCUUAUGAUGUUAAUGAUCAUAUGAAGGUACAACUGUUAGUAAGAGCUUACCAAGUUCGUGGUCAUCAUAUUGCAAAGCUAGAUCCUUUAGGCAUUCUAAAUCCAGAUUUAAGUGAUUCCCUUCCAAAAGAACUUGAUCCUAAACAUUAUGGUUUUUCAGAUGCUGAUCUUGAUAGAGGUUUUUUUCUUGGUGCUGGUAUUUUGCCUGGAUUUUCUGAAACUGGUAAAAAAACACUUCGUGAAAUUAUAGAUAUUUGCAAAGAAAUUUAUUGUGGUCAUAUUGGUAUUGAAUAUAUACAUAUUCCUGAUAGAGUUCAAUGCGAUUGGAUACGUGAAAGAAUUGAAAUUCCAAAACCAUAUAAUUAUUCAGUUGAAGAAAAACGAAGAAUUUUGGAUCGUCUGAUAUGGUCUGAUUCAUUUGAAAGAUUUGUUGCCACAAAAUAUCCCAAUGAAAGAAGAUUUGGUUUGGAGGGUUGUGAAAGUUUGAUUCCUGGUAUGAAGGCUUUGAUUGAUAGAUCUGUUGAUUUAGGAAUAGAAUCAAUUGUUCUUGGUAUGCCACAUCGUGGUAGACUUAAUGUACUUAGUAAUGUGAUUCGCAAACCAAACCAAUCUAUAUUUUGUGAAUUCAGUGGUUCACUUGAACCAUCUGAGGAAGGAUCUGGUGAU